GGGGAGAGAGGGGAGAGGAGGGAGAAGAGGGAGAGGCGGGCGGGCGAGGAGGAACCAGCAAAUAUUGAAGACGGCCAGGCUCGCCAUUUUCCUAUGGAAUGUAUAGGAGCCUUAGCAGAGUUUGAUUCCCCACUUUAGAUCACCAUGGCAACUAAACAGAAGUUGAUGAGAGCUAUUAGAGUUUUUGAAUUUGGUGGACCAGAAGUGCUGAAAUUCCAGUCGGAUGUUGCAGUACCAAUUCCAAAAGACCAUCAGGUUCUAAUCAAAGUCUAUGCAUGCGGUGUAAACCCAGUGGACACAUAUUUUCGCUCUGGUACUUAUGGUAGAAAACCACACUUACCCUAUACUCCUGGCUUAGAUGUGGCUGGGGUAAUAGAAGCUGUUGGAGAUAAUGUAACUGCUUUUAAGAAAGGUGAGAGAGUUUUCACUACCAACACGAUCUCUGGGGGCUAUGCAGAGUAUGCUGUUGUAGCAGAUGACAAUGUCUACACACUACCAGAAAAACUGGACUUUAAACAAGGAGCUGCCAUUGGUAUCCCGUAUUUUACUGCUUAUCGAGCUCUGCUCAACAGGGCCCGUGUGAAACCUGGAGAAAGUGUUCUGGUUCAUGGGGCUAGUGGAGGAACAGGAAUAGCAGCAUGCCAAAUUGCUAGAGCCUAUGGCUUAAAGGUUUUGGGCACAGCUGGUACAGAGGAAGGACAAAACAUUGUUUUACAAAAUGGAGCCCAUGAAGUGUUUAAUCACAGAGAAGCUAAUUAUAUUGAUAAAAUUAAGAAAUCUGUUGGUGAAAAAGGAAUUGAUGUGAUUAUUGAAAUGUUAGCUAAUGUAAAUCUUAGUAAUGAUUUGAAUCUUCUGUCAAAUGGAGGACGAGUAAUAGUUGUUGGCAGUAGAGGACCUAUUGAAAUAAACCCACGGGACACCAUUACAAAGGAAUCUAGUAUAAUCGGAGUUGCUCUUUAUUCCUCUACCAAGGAAGAAUUUCAGCAGUGUGCAGCAGCCCUUCAAGCUGGAAUGGAAAUUGGUUGGUUGAGACCUGUGAUAGGUUCUGAGUAUCCACUAGAGAAGGUGGCCCAGGCUCAUGAAAACAUCAUUCACAGCAGCGGGGCGACUGGAAAAAUGAUUCUUCUCAUAUGAUUAAUUCUUUCAUGCAUUUCCUCUGCAAUUAGAGUUUUCUUACCCCAGUUUUACUUAUACUAUCUUUGCUUUAAUUAGCAUUCACUUGAUUCAGUGAACUCCUUAUAUUAAAAGAUAAGAUUUGUUUUUAGAGAUCCUGGGCAUUGGAGUAUAAUUUAUGUUGUAGCUGGUAACAUUCUUUAUGCCUUCUCCCUGUAAUCAAGAAGUCAUCAUAGAAGGAAAUGGGGUGGUGGUCAUUAGCAUUGGUGUGCAUUAUAGAUAUUCCUGAUCCUUGAUCAUUAAUUUCAUACCUUUGACUAAAACAUGCUAAUUGAAAAUAAGACUGCUUGAUCUCCAAGCCUGUAUUCUUAUAAAGAUUCUUUUGUCUCUGAUUAUCCCAGAACUGUUUUAGACGGAAGAUUUUCUGGACUAAACAAAACUCCUUUUCUAAAAGGAGUUUCUAAUUUUAUGUGGAUCUCCAAGUUUUUUGGAAGGUCAAGAUAAACAAUAUCCAGAGAAAUUUGUUAGUUUUCCAAUAUUUUCCAAAAUAUUAGGACAUUCACUAUGUUAAUGGUUGCUUACCAGGCAUUCAUAUAUUUUGUGAGGACAGCAGCCUUAUCUUUGGUAUAAUAUGAUAUUACGUACAUAGUCUCCAAAUAGAUCCUUCUUGAUUGACUUGAUUUCAAAUUAGAUUUAGAAUUAUCUGUUUGUGUGAUGGGGGUCAUAUAUUUUUAUCUAAAUCAAUAAACAGUUUUGACACAUUAAGAAUAA